ACCACAGAACUGGAAGCGAGAGAUCCUUAAUUGAAGCAAAAAUGAUCAGGAAGGUCUCCCUUGCAAUUGUUCUGCUUCUGCUGUGUGCGGUUAUUACACAAGGAAUGCCGACCUCCAGGAGAGAGCAUUGUCUCUGCCGAGGAAAAGACAUCUCCUCGAUCGGGAUCCACCGCAUAGCUCAAGUGGAAUACCACCGCCCAAGUGCCAGCUGUGGUCGGGAGGAGCUGAUAGUCACAUUGAAACGCAACGGGUCAAAAAAAUGCUUGGAUAUUAACUUGGAACAAGGCAGGAUAAUAAAAGAGGCAAUCAUGAGGAAAAGAUAAUAAAGAUUACCAGACGGGGGAAAAGAAGAAGAGUGUGGUGAAAAAUGGACAUUUCCCAGACAACGCCAUUGUCGUUUUUGAUAACAGAAGAGAACAUUUGGCAAAGGUUAUUUAUGAUACCUUCACGAGCAGCUGAAAAACUGUAGACCAGGGCAGAGUUUGUGCGUGUGGAGAAGGAGAAUUUAAACAGCAGCGUCUUCUUCUUCUUCAGUAAAAAAACAGUUGAGACAUCCUUAGGUAGUACAGGGGGAGAUUUAUAUAGACAUAACAGGGUUUGUUCUUCCCGCCUUGACUUUUUAAAACAAGGUUUCUGAAAUACGGGUACGUCGGUAUAGGGAAUAGAUCAUGUGGCCUUACUUGUAUUUCGAGGCUGUUUUUAUUUGAAAGGGGACUUAUUACAGACCAGCUGAGAAAUGCAUCUCUGUGGACUAAUAAAAAUAAUAAAAAUUUUAAAAAAGCAAACCACACCUUUAAAAAAAAAAGCAUGGUCGUGUGCCCCAUGUCAUCACUGAUGGCAUAGGCACUAGCCAAUAUGUGCCGGCGAUGGCUUCAUGAACUUAUAUCUGAAAGGGGGAAAUGCGGUUUGAUCAGUAGUGUUGGAAAUAUUAGGGUUGCCAGCUCCAGGCUGCGAAAUUCCUAGAGAU